UAGCUCCGUGGGUGUGGCAGUCCUGCGCCAAUCGUGUUUGUUGGGUGUACCGCUUCGCCAUUUUCCACGAUAUUUAUUGAAUUAACACAGUUUUUGACUAAAUAAUUACAGUGGUGUGUACUAAAAACAAUGUGUGGCAGUUUAUUUGAUCAUAAAUGAGUGCGUUCAACCAUGCGGAGAAAUUAAUUUUUAAAAUACUAAUACAUAAAAAAAUAUUUGAGUCAAAAAAAAGAAGAAAAGAAGGAAACGUCAAGAAAGCAUGGAAUUACUAAUUGGUCAAAUGGAUUCUUAUUACAACAUUUCAAGAAGUAAAAAGAGGCAAUCUCAUUUGUGGGCGUCGUGAACAUUAAGCUACCAUGCCUCUGCCAAAGCGGGUCAUCGAGCCGGUCCACGUGGCCAGAGGCACCCUCCCGGAGGAUUUUCCUCUAGUGUCUGAGUUAGAGGCUGUGACCAACGGAACCUUGGCAAACACGGUCCGUCAGCUGUCCUCAUUAUCCAGGCACGCGGAGGACCUCUUCGGAGAAUUGGCCAAAGAUGCCCAGCAGAUCUACGAAAGGUCGAAUUCGUUGCAGGCUAGGAUUGACAGGCUAGCGAUUAAAGUAACGCAGUUGGACAGCACCGUCGAAGAGGUUUCCUUGCAGGAUAUUCAUAUGCGGAAGGCAUUCAAGAGUACGGUAGCUUUUGAUCAACAAAUAUUCUCAAGGGACACAAUGCCGACAGCUAUGCUAGAAACCUAUAGGUCAUGUGAUAAACCACCUCCACUCCACAAACUCAACUGUUACCGAGACGACGGCAAGGACGGUCUUAAGUUCUACACAGAUCCAAACUACUUCUUCGAAUUGUGGCGUCAAGAGAUGCUGAAUGACACUGAACGGAUGAUGCACGAUCGUGGCAAGAAACCUCAUCGACCCCGAACGGAAGGUGGCCAAGGCAACAGGCACAAGAAGCGUGUGAGGCAACCACACAACACCCGAGAAAGACAAAAGCAGAUCGCUGUAGGACACGGUGAAUACAUAAUGCCUCAGCAGAACACCAUAUACCGCACGCCGCAAGCUAUAAUGCAACAGCAGCAGCAACAACAGCAACAAAUAAUGUUACCAGCUGAAGAAAACACGGUGAUCGAACAGCGACCUCCCCGACCGAAUUCCAUCGAAGUCAGGAGAUCGUACCCACAGGAAGCACCCGAUGGCCUCCAUUCCCCAACUUUCCCACCGUACGAGGAAAAUCCUUACCAAGCCGGUUUAUGUGGGCAAGGUCCACUCAGCUCCGAAUCGUUGUAUCAAGGUGGGACUCCCACGCGGGGUAGCAAAGCCCGUCCUAGUCAGCCUCCGCCAGCUCCGCCCAGCAAUACAAGCACGCCCUCUUCCAACACGCCAACAAGGGGGCGGAGCAUGUCGGCAGGACGCGACACGCUUCCGCCUCCGCCGCCACCGCCGGAUACCACCAUGUCUCCUCCUAACGGCAUUCCAGCGCACUUGGUACGUUCCCAAAGCCAGUCUCGAUCAAACAGUCCACAUUCCCAUCAAGCCACUCCUGAGCCUGUACAAGAUUUGCCGCCCCCGCCUCCGGUUCCGAAACAGGCGUCGCCUCCUAAGCAGCAAACUCCGGUACAAGCUCCGCCUCCGCCGCCUCCUCCACCGAUGCCGUUGUUGAACGGGCCGACGACUAGUCCUCCAUUGGUCAACGGCGAUUUGGCCAAGAUUCUAAAUAGCUCGUCGCCCCCGAAACUGACGCCGGUGAAGGAUAGGCCGAUUUCUAAGCAAGCGCCACCGAUGGUGGACCCUAGGAAUGAUCUCCUGAAGGCGAUUAGGGACGGAAUUAAGUUAAGGAAGGUGGAGAAGAUCGAACAGAAAGAGGUGGAGCGUGGGAACGGUUUACACGAUGUAGCUAGCAUUUUGGCGCGACGGGUCGCCGUGGAAUUCAGCGAUUCAGAUUCAGGGAGUGACUCGGAAUGUGAUAGUGAGGGCUGGGGAGAGAACGAGACGUCGGCGUGACAUAGACGCAAGGCUAGCACUGCUAGUCAAAUUUAUUGAUGACGCAACGAAAAUUCUUUCCUUACUGUGCAACAUGUAUAUAAGCAAUAUGCCAAAUUUCCAGUAUUAUCAACUGUCGAGUAAUUGACAUCCCCACCCUACCACAACUCCAUAGUAAUCCAUGUGCUAAUGCAUGAGUAAGCUUAAAUUUUAUAGUUAUGGUAAGUCUUGGAAUGAAUUGUAAAUAUUGUAAUGAGACGUUGUAAAUGGUGAACGUUUUAUUUAUAAAUUAAGCUGUAUAGAGAUUUAUUUAACUCGUACUAUUCUAAUACUCCCUUUUUAAUAUUUUAACCAUUAUCUUCAGGAAAUCUUUGUAAAAUAUUUAAUGGGUAAUAAACAGUAUGUCGAAGAA